GCACGCCGCCAUGGCAGAGAAGGAGCAUCUUUCGAUCGUUAUCUGCGGCCAUGUCGACUCUGGCAAGUCCACCACCACUGGACGUCUCCUCUUCGAGCUUGGAGGUAUCCCCGAGCGUGAGCUCGAGAAGCUCAAGGAAGAGGCUGCCAACCUCGGCAAGUCUUCCUUCGCCUUUGCCUUCUACAUGGACAGGCAGAAGGAGGAGCGUGAGCGUGGCGUGACCAUCGCAUGCACUACCAAGGAGUUCUUCACCGACAAGUGGCACUACACCAUCAUCGAUGCCCCGGGCCAUAGGGAUUUCAUCAAGAACAUGAUCUCCGGAUCCGCUCAGGCUGACGUCGCUCUUCUCAUGGUUCCCGCUGACGGUAACUUCACCACCGCCAUCCAGAAGGGAGAUGCCAAGGCUGGAGAGAUCCAGGGACAGACCCGCCAGCACGCUCGUAUCCUCAACCUUCUCGGUAUCAAGCAGCUCAUCGUCGGCAUCAACAAGAUGGACUCCGACACUGCUGGAUACAAGGAGGAGCGCUACAACGAGAUCCGCGAUGAGAUGAGGAACAUGCUCAUCCGUGUUGGAUGGAAGAAGGAGUUCGUCGCUGCUUCCGUCCCCGUCAUCCCCAUCUCCGGAUGGAUGGGAGACAACCUCCUCACCAAGUCCACCAAUAUGGGAUGGUGGUCCGGAGUCGAGGUCGUUCCUGAUGGCUCCACCGACAAGAUGAAGAUCGAGACCCUCCUCCAUGCUCUCAACGACUUUGCCCGCCCCCCCAAGCGUAACGUCGAUGCCCCCAUGCGCUGCCCCAUCUCCGGCAUCUACAAGAUCAAGGGUGUUGGUGACGUUUUGGCUGGACGUGUUGAGCAGGGAAUCGUCAACCCCGGAGAGGAUGUCAUCUUCAUGCCCACCCACACUCCUGGUACCCCUUGCGAAGGCAAGAUCUUCACUGUUGAGAUGCACCACAAGCGUGUUGACGCCGCCAAGCCUGGUGACAACGUCGGCAUGAACAUCAAGGGUCUUGACAAGAACAACAUGCCCCGCUCUGGCGACGUCAUGGUGUACAAGAAGGAUGGUACCCUCAAGGGAACCAAGUCCUUCACUGCACAGAUCCAGACCUUGGACAACAUCCCCGGAGAGCUUAAGACAGGAUACUCACCAAUUGGCUUCGUGCGAUGCGGACGUGCUGCUUGCCGUAUGACCGUCAUCGACUGGAAAAUGGGUAAGGAGACCGGAGGACAGAAGCUCGAGAACCCCCCUCAUCUCAAGGCCAACGAGGUUGCCCAGGCUCAGUUCGAACCCAUGACUCCCCUUGUGUGCGACACCUUCAAGAACUGCGAGGGCUUGAGCCGCAUUGCCUUCCUCGACGGAAACACUGUUAUGAUGCUUGGCAAGGUUAUUGCAACAGUUGCUCGCGAUGAUGGUGGUGCUAAGAAGAAAUAAUUUUGACGCUUGUGUGUAUUUCAAUAAAAAAUAGUUCAAAAAUCAA